AUGGAAAACGAAGCCGCCAAAGCUGCAGCCAAUGAAGGUUCAUCUAAAGCUGAUAAGCAUCUUGACUUUUUAACCAAGUUCUAUACACCAGAAUUAUUACAAAGUAUUAAGAUUACCGAAUCUUUGAUUGAUCCUGAAACUUACUUGGAGCUCCGUAAAAAAGGUCAUAAUGCAAAGUCUCGUGUUCCUCCAUCUAACUUAGAUUCUGAUUAUGCUAUGCAAGAUCCUGAAUAUCAAGAACCUAUAGUGUAUCCUAAUCAAACUAAAGGACAUGCACCCUUCCCCCCUAUUCCUCAGAUUGUAUCUCCAGAUAGGCAUGAUUUGGUAUUAAGAUUUAAACCCAAUGUAGGCAAACAUAAGCCACCAAUGAUGAACACUGGAGAAAUUGCUCAAGGAUUAGCCAAGUUGACUGGGUUAGAUGCCACAUACAUUAGAAGACUCUAUGUUCGUCCACUUUUGAUGAAAAGAACAUCUAACCAAACUGCCAAGGGUAAAAUCCCUAGUUUCUAUGCCUUGACUGUUGUUGGAGAUAAGAAUGGUAUGAUUGGACUUGGAGAAGGUAGUUCAAGAGACGGUGUUAGAUCAGCUUUAGUUAAAGCCCACUGGAAUGCGGUUACUAAUUUAACUCCAAUCAAUAGAUACGAAGACAGAACAAUUCUUGGAGAUUUCGAACAUAAAUUCCAUGCUGUACAUUUACAUAUGAAGUCUGCGCCUCCUGGGUUUGGGUUGCGGGUCAACAAGUAUUUGUUUGAAAUGUGUGUUGCUGCCGGUAUUAAGGAUUUAAGAGGUAAGAUCUACCGUUCUAGAAACCCAAUGAAUGUUUGUAAGGGAUUCCUUGAAGCUUUAACCAAACAAAAGAGUUUGGAAGAGUUGGCUGUUGGUAGAGGGAAGAAGUUGGUUGAUUUGAAGAAGGUUUAUUACUCUGCUUAA